AUGCCACACCGAACGUUGCGGGAGCAGGGACUGCAGACAGGCUCUGCUGGCAUGUUCACCUACACUCACACCUGCCUGCUGAAAGCAUGGAAUGUUCUGAAAGGCCAUGACCGGAAUCUGCAGAACCUGGAGGGCGUCACACACCUGGAAUGGCCCAACUCCGGUAAGGCUCAACUCACACCUUUGCCCAGGACUCUGCGCAGCCUGUGCUUUGGUCUUGGAUUUAACCAGAACUUGGGAACGACUCUUCCCGACGGCCUGGAGAGGCUGAACUUGGGGUUCCGUUUCAAUCGCAGCAUGCAGGGAGUGCUGCUUCCGGGCAACUUGCAGAGCCUGACGUUUGGCAGCAAGUUUGACCAACCCAUGCAGGAUGUCACGCUACCAACCCGCUUGCGAAGCUUGAAUUUUGGCCGAGACUUCAACCAACCCAUGCAUGGAGUUAUAUUGCCAGCCAGCUUAGAAAGCCUCAUAUUUGGUCGGCAGUUUAACCAAGCUUUGCAGGGAGUUACUCUGCCGGCCAGUUUGCAGAGCCUGACUUUCGGCGUGCGAUUCAACCGCAGUUUGCAGGGAGUGGUUUUGCCGAGUAGCCUGCAAAGCUUGACAUUUGGCAACGCAUUCAACCAAAUAAUGCAGGGAGUUGCUUUGCCGGGCAGCCUGCAAAUCUUGACAUUUGGCAACGCAUUCAACCGGAGCCUGCAAGGAGUGACUUUGCCCAGCAGCCUGCACAGCCUGACUUUGGGCAAUCACUUCAACCAGCCAUUCCACCGCCAGAGAGAUGACUUUGAGGUUGAACUUCCUUCCGGCUUGCAGAGCCUCACUUUUGGCGGAAUGAGCCGACAGAGCUUGCGGGGAGUGGUUUGGCCAGCCAAGUUGCGGAGCCUGGCGUUUUGCAGCCGUUUCAACCAGCCGUUGCAGGGAGUUACGCUGCCAUCCGGCCUGCAGAGCCUGACGUUUGGGGAAUCAUACAAUCAGCCCUUGCAGGGUGCGAGCCUCCCAGACAGCCUGCAGAGCCUGACGUUUGGCAAACUCUUCAACCAAGGUUUGGACGGAGUGACCUUCCCAGAUUUGCAGAGCCUAACUUUUGGCGAAGAAUUCAACCAGAGCUUGAAGGAUGUGUGCUUGCCUGCCUCUGUGCGCAGCCUGACUUUCGGCGACCGGUUUGACCAAGGCUUGCAAGGAGUGACGCUCCCCAGAGAUCUGGAAAGCUUGGCCUUCGGCGCUGACUUCAACCAAGACCUGCACCUGGCCUUUCCCAGCGGCUUGAGGGCUUUGACGUUCGGCACCUGCUUUCAGAGAAGUCUGACCGGAGUGACGUUGCCGGACACGCUAGAAAGCCUGACCUUCGGCCGGCUCUUCAUGAGAUUACGCGGCUUGACCUUACCGUCCGGCCUGCAGCACCUGACUUUGGGCAACCGGUUCAAUGACAUACUCGAGGGCGUGGCAUGGCCUGCCGGCCUGCAGAGUCUGACUGUUGGCGAUCGAUUCAACCGGAGCCUGCAGGGAGUGACUUUGCCCAGCCUGCAGAGUCUGACACUCGGCCAUAGAUUCGCCCAAAACCUGCAGGGAGUGACUUUGCCCAGCCUGCGGAGCUUGACGCUUGGGUGCUUUGCUCGCAAAAACCUGGAGGGCGUGACCCUGCCGAGCAGCUUGCAGAGCCUGACAAUCAGCCCGCGCUAUGCUGGGAACCUCAACUUCGUGGAGCUCGCCGGUGCGCUGUCCAGGAUCUCGGGCGACGGAACCAUUCGCUGCGAUUGA